ACCUCUGCGUGCGCACCGCCUAGUGCCCGCCUCUGUGAAAGACUGCUGGGCGCUUGCGGCCGAGCUGCUUCACUGGCUGCGGAGGGUUCACCGCGCACUUCACCCUCCUAGCAACUGAGCCGACUGGAAGUUUGAAGCCUGCUUCAGGUCAAAACAAUGAAGUACAUUCUAGUUACUGGUGGUGUUAUAUCCGGAAUUGGAAAAGGGAUCAUCGCCAGCAGUGUGGGCACAAUCCUGAAGUCAUGUGGUUUACAUGUAACUUCAAUUAAAAUUGACCCGUACAUUAACAUUGAUGCAGGAACAUUCUCUCCUUAUGAGCAUGGCGAGGUUUUUGUGCUGGAUGAUGGUGGGGAAGUAGACCUUGACCUGGGUAACUAUGAGCGUUUCCUUGACAUCCGCCUCACCAAGGACAAUAAUCUGACCACUGGAAAGAUAUACCAAUAUGUCAUUAACAAGGAACGCAAAGGCGAUUACUUGGGGAAAACCGUCCAAGUUGUCCCUCACAUCACAGAUGCCAUCCAGGAGUGGGUAAUGAGACAGGCAUUAAUACCUGUGGAUGAAGAUGGCCUAGAACCUCAAGUGUGUGUUAUUGAGCUUGGUGGAACAGUGGGAGAUAUAGAAAGCAUGCCCUUUAUUGAGGCCUUCCGUCAGUUCCAAUUCAAGGUCAAAAGAGAGAACUUUUGUAAUAUUCACGUCAGUCUAGUUCCUCAGCCAAGUUCAACAGGGGAACAGAAGACAAAACCCACCCAGAAUAGUGUUCGGGAACUCAGAGGCCUUGGGCUUUCCCCGGAUCUGGUUGUAUGCAGGUGCUCAAAUCCUCUCGACACAUCAGUGAAAGAGAAAAUAUCAAUGUUCUGCCAUGUUGAACCUGAACAAGUGAUUUGUGUCCACGAUGUCUCGUCCAUCUACCGAGUCCCCUUGUUGUUAGAGGAGCAGGGGGUGGUAGAUUAUUUUCUUCGAAGACUUCACCUUCCUAUUGAGAGGCAGUCACGAAGAAUGCUGAUGAAGUGGAAAGAGAUGGCUGACAGAUACGAUCGCUUGCUGGAGACUUGCUCGAUUGCCCUUGUGGGCAAGUACACCAAGUUCUCAGACUCAUAUGCCUCUGUCAUUAAAGCUCUGGAGCAUUCUGCACUGGCCAUCAACCACAAGCUGGAAAUCAAGUACAUCGAUUCCACAGACUUGGAGCCGAGCACCUUGCAGGAGGAGCCUGUGCGCUACCACGAAGCCUGGCAGAAGCUCUGCAGCGCUCAUGGAGUGCUGGUUCCGGGGGGAUUUGGUGUUCGAGGGACGGAAGGGAAAAUCCAAGCAAUCGCCUGGGCUCGGAAACAGAAGAAGCCUUUUUUGGGCGUGUGCUUAGGAAUGCAGUUGGCGGUGGUUGAGUUUUCAAGAAAUGUGCUGGGAUGGCAAGAUGCCAAUUCUACAGAGUUUGACCCCAAUACGAGUCAUCCUGUGGUCAUAGACAUGCCAGAACACAAUCCUGGGCAGAUGGGCGGAACCAUGAGGCUGGGCAAGAGGAGAACCCUGUUCCAGACCAAGAACUCCGUCAUGAGGAAACUGUAUGGAGAUCCAGAUUACUUGGAAGAGAGGCACCGCCACAGAUUUGAGGUGAAUCCAGUCUUGAAAAAGUGUUUGGAGGAGCAAGGCUUGAAGUUUGUUGGCCAAGAUGUUGGAGGAGAGAGAAUGGAAAUUGUGGAGUUGGAAGACCAUCCCUUUUUUGUUGGAGUUCAGUACCACCCCGAGUUCCUGUCCAGACCCAUCAAGCCUUCCCCACCCUACUUUGGCCUCCUCCUAGCCUCUGUGGGGAGGCUCCCGCAUUUCCUCCAGAAAGGCUGCAGGCUCUCGCCCAGGGUUUUCUCAGGCUACUUCUGUGCUGCCCAUGACCUUCCCCCGGCAUGGUGGUCAGGUUCCCCUCUCUGUAGCAUCUGGGUUCCAGGAUCACAUUUGGACACCUAUAGUGACCGAAGUGGAAGCAGCUCCCCUGACUCUGAAAUCACUGAAUUGAAGUUUCCAUCAAUAAAUCACGACUGAUGGUAACUAGGGGUGAUUCUUCAAGAGAUCCUUCAGAGUUUACAGCUUUGAUUUUACACUCGGCUUUUGACACUUCCUUUAAAUUAUGUUUUUAUUAAGAAUAUUUUAUUAUGGGGGAAAGGUGUUUGGAAAACUGUGUGACUUGCAUGUCCCAUCAUGUAUAUCAGCUCCUACGCAGUUGUGCUCCCUGAUGUGUUGACACCGUCAUUCUUAGUCCCCCAGCCUCAAACGAGAAGCAGGUGUGUGGGCAGGAGUGGUGACCCACGGGGCUGGUGGAGUGCCUGUCAAUCGCCACGUUUCUCCAACUACCUCGAGUCAUUGUGGAUUUGAGGGUGUCACCUGCUGCCUCCCCAGGGAGGCCUAGAGCAUUGUCAACAGAGCCCCACAGGGGUAAUUUUAGCCAAUGCUUACAACACUUGGUGCUGGUAACCCGAGGGCACUGCUUGCUGCCAAGAGCCGUGGGAUCUCUCAGUGCCAACUGUGGCUGGUACUCAUUGUCCAAAGGGAUGGUCAGAGUUUGGUGUGUCACAUGAAAUGGCAAGAAGUCUGUGUCUCUCUGAAGUGUGAUUUUUAGGAAACCCUGUCCUCUGGCCAUGCUUCUCUCCCGGGGCUGGGAGACACUCCUUGCAUCAAGGGGUCACUAAAAAAGAAAGAAUCUUUUGGGGAAACGGCCUCUAAAACCCUCUCACAUGUACACAGCUUUGCUUGAGAGGGACUUCUUCCUUCCAGGAUGUUACUGCAGUUGAAAUGCAAUAUGAAAAUCUAUUUUCUUUAUGUGAUGUAGCGAUAGGCACAGCUGUGUGCCCAUUAUAUUCUGGCUGGACUUGGUGUAUACUCUAACUUAAGAAAUAAACAAUGCAGAACCAGAGA